AUGAGCAACCCAGCCUCUUGCGUGACGUGUUCAUACCUGCUCUGCGGCUGGAGGACGGCAGCUGGUCAACCGCACGACUUGGUGCCUGCGCCGCAAAUCGUCGAGUUUCUGUCAGAGCCGCCGCUGCGGCUGCCCCUCCGAUCUGCGGUGCUGGUCACCGGAGGAACGGCAGAAGAUCAAAAGGCGUUCCAAGCACAUGUGUUGGAAGUUGGCCAGCUGUCAGUGGCCGACGCUUUCAAGCCUGGCCCUGUUAUUGAGUUGAAGUCCGAAAACAUCGAGGGAUUAGACGGUCUCAGCGACGAGGCCUACAGGAUUGAGGUAAAGGACAAGAGAAUCACGUUGACUUCCUCGACCAGCCAUGGGCUUUUCAAUGCGAUGAUGACCCUCAGACAGCUGAUGUCAGUGAGCGACGGUGCUGUGUCAAUUCCGAAGCUGCGAAUUGAGGAUGCUCCAAUGCACGAGUGGAGAGGUCUGAUGCUCGACGUGAGCAGACACUUCUUUACAGCAGAUGAGGUGAAGCAUCUACUCCGGACCAUGGCUCUAUUUAAAAUGAACCGCUUCCACUGGCACCUCUCGGACGACCAAGGGUUCCGUGUGCCAAUUGCAAAGUAUCCGAAGCUUACAGAGGUUGGUGCUUGGCGAGAUGGGACGCAACAGGGUCACAGCGGCUGGAACAAUGACCAUCGACACUACGGAGGUUUUUACACUCCUGAUCAGAUUCAUGAUGUUGUCAGCUAUGCGGAGUCAUUACACAUCAUGGUUGUACCCGAAACGGAUCUGCCUGGACACGCGCAGGCAAUUUUGGCUGCCUAUCCCGAGUUUAGCAACCGGGAUGCCAUCAAUGCGGCUCCUCGGGUCAUGGAACAGUGGGGUGUAUCGGACUUCGUCUUGGCCCCGAAUGACAAGACCUUUUCCUUCGUGUCUGAUCUGGUUAGCGAGGUGUCGGGUCUGAUCAAGUCGGACUACUAUCAUGUCGGUGGAGAUGAGGUCUCCAGCAGGCAGUGGGACAUCUCUCCAAGUGCACACCGCUACGAGGAGGACAACCACUUUUUCUCACCACGUCAGAUUGCAGGCACCUUUACCCAGAAGGCGAUAGAAGCUGCCAAUCGAGUAGGCAGAUCGGGCAUUGUUUGGGAUGAAGCGCUUUCAACUGGAAUUCCACUUCCUCAGCGCAGCGUGGUCAUGAUCUGGCGAGACUGGGACAACGUCCCUUCCAAGCUUUCUGUGGCAUCUCAGCGAGGGUUGUCCGUGGUCAUGUGCCCACAUAGCAGAACAUACUUGGACUUUGCCCAAGGCCCGACAGAUCCUUACGAGUCUCAGCAGGGUGUCGUGGAUCUGAAGAAGGUCUACGAACUGCCUUUGGACGGACAUGGGGCGAAGGUUCUUGGAGGCCAAGGCCAGCUCUGGAGCGAGUACAUCAGUCGCGGGCUGGACGACUUGGACUUCAAGGCAUGGCCCCGCGGAGCGGCGAUCGCCGAAGCGACUUGGUGCGACCACCACCGUCCAGGUUUCGAUGACUUCAAGAGGCGUGUGAAGGCCCGAGCCUCCGACCUCCAAGACCUUGGCAUCGAGCUGCAUGUCAGCUGA